GUUUCCUCGUACGUACGUGUCUUCGGGGCUUCGCCGCGUUCAGCCGUCCACGGACGAGACAAGAGCGAGGCUCCCCGCGCUUUCCCUUUCCGCGCCGCCCGCAGCAACAAGAAGGCGAGUGAAGCGAAGCGAAGUGAAGUGGGGUUGAGUGCUUGACUUCCUCCCAAGUCGUCCCCCAUCGAGCUCUCACUCUCACCUACCAAAUCCGUCGAAACACGCUCGGUGAAGACCGAAACAAUUGUCCUUAAUCCUCCACGCCGUGCUCUACAUCUCAAUGGUCGCCCCAUAAAGCCCAACGGUAGCGUGAGCUGAACGCCGCCAACCCAUUUUCUUCUUCUCCUUCGACCCCUUCCUGUUCCGCCUCCGUCGACGCUGCUAUCGUGCAAGAACUGGUGCCGCAGAGAGAGGGGGGGAGCGAUUCGUCGGUGACAUGGCGCCGCCGAAGAGGCAGCUGGCCCUGACGGGCGCCGGCGCAGGCCGGGAGGAGGCGAAGCGCCUGCGCGUCGGGGUCGCCAACGCCAGCGCCGCCGGCUGGCAGGCGCCGACUUCGCCGGCGUCGCCGGGGACGCGGCUCAUGCGGCGGACCGUGCUCGUCGUGCUCUUUCUACUGCGAAUGAGCGACGCCAUCACGGUGACGGAAAGCAUCUCCCAGAUUGGUCGCAUGGUUCAGAGGAAGAUGGAAGGGUUUCAAAAGUUUCAGGCUCUUAUGAUCCGCAAACUGGAAAAUUUUGAGGAGAAGAUGGAGGCCAAAUUGGAAAAUUUAGAGGAGAAGCUGGAGGGCAAAUUGGGGAAAAUAGAAGAGAAGAUGGAGAGCAUGAGUGAUGAAGUGAAGAAAUUGGCACGUUUGCAUUCCAAUAGGCACGCUGAUGAACACCCAAGACUAGAGCCAUUUCUGGAGAGUACAACUGCGAGUGAACCAAACACCAACAUUCGCCUGCGUUUCCUGGAUGGCCUGAAGACUCCAAUUUACACAGACAAGAUUAUAACAUCUGAGAGCAAUGCGGCUAUCAGGAUUGGCGUCUUUGAUGGUGACAAAAUGAUUAGUGAAGGCCAGCUUUCGAAGGCAAAAGUUGAGAUCCUGGUUCUCCGUGGCGACUUCUGCAGCAACGGUCGGGAGAGCUGGACUGAAGAGGAGUUCAACAGCCACAUAGCGCAAGGCCGAAAUGGGCAAGGGUCCGUGCUAGGGGGCGAUUGCAGUGCGUGGUUGAACAAUGGGAAGGCAUCAUUGGGAAAAAUCCUCUUCCGAGAAGGAUCAUCCAGGACUCCCAAUAGGAAGUUCAUCGUAGGAGGUAGAGUAUGCAUGAACAAGAAGGUCGGUGGUGUUCGAGUCCAGGAAGCUGUCAUGGAGCCGGUCGCUGUGUUGGAUCGUAGGAAUGAAGUAAAUGAGAAGAGGCACCCUCCAAGAUUGGAUGAUGAAGUGUAUCGCCUUGAAGAAAUCUCCAAAAAUGGAACUUACCACGGGAGGCUUAUGAAUGCUCAAAUCUUCAAAGUUGAGGACUUCUUGAAGGCUUUGAAUAAAGGCGCAGACGAGCUCCGUGAAAUGGUCCUCCAGAUCAAGAAGCGCGGCAACGCUUGGGAAAGAAUGGUUAAGCAUGCCAGGGAAUGCUACCUCGCAGACAGGCCCGAGCUCAAAGCAUGUUGUAGUGUAGAAGGGAAUGUGGUGAUCUUCCUCAAUUGCGUGCAUGAUCUUGUUGGAGCAAUUUUUACCGGUGUUUACAUUUCACGGGACAAUUUUGAUCCGGCUAAGAAGGCUCAAGCGUAUGAGUUGAAAGAGCGUGUGCGCGAUCAAUUGGACAACCUUCCGUUUGACUAUGUGAUGAAUGGCAAUCUUCCUGAAAAAGUUCCCUCUAGCACAUAUUCUUCUCUGGAUGCAGUCAUUCUUGGGCCGGAUGCCGCACAUCAACCGAAUGAAAACCAGUUGCAUGAUAGGAUCAACAAUGUCACUGAACCAUCUCACCAGAAUGAGUAUAUUCAUGGUGAUCACAACACAGUUAACACACAUCAUGACCAAGAUGAAAGUAUUCCACCACUUGGUGAGCAGCAACCUACAACUUCCAUGACACAUUUACAGUGGGAUGAUGAAUCGCUAGACUGGCCCUUCGAAGUUCAAACGAACAUCCAUAGCCAGGUGCAAGUUCCCAUAUCCAUGGAUGGCGGCAAUGCCAUGGAGGCAUCAACAUCCGUUCAACACAACGUUCUGCCACAACGAUUUGUUCCUACUCAUGUCCAAGAAAGCAUACCCCGGAUCCAUUACUCUGAGAAUCCAGCUAACCAUGCUGCUGGAUCAUCGACAUGGCAGGAUGAUAUUAUCAUCCCUGAACUGGAUUAUGGAAACUUUUAGCAAGCGAGCACAUUUCGCAAUGCAAUGUACCAUCAUGGUUGUGUGUCACUAUAACUUGGUGUUAUGAUUUUCAGCAACCGGCAUUGUAGACUGUAUAUAUGUUUGGACACAAAAUUGCUUGCCCCCAUUCUUUUCUAUUAGAUGUUUUCAGCAUUGUACAAUGAUGUCCUGUCGGAUGAUCUAAGGGUGUAUUGUAACUUAGGCAAACAUUUUGUUGUUUGUGCUUCCACUGAUGUUUAAUUGAUGUUUAUAUGUUUCAGAA